AACAAAACGAAUCUUAAACCGGGCGAAGGCUUCAGUUCACUUGUUCCUCUCAGUCCGUUGGCACCUAUUCAUGAAUCGAUGUUGGAAUUACGCAAAUAAUAUAAUAAUUACGAAAGCUUGUGUAAUGGUGGGUAAUUGUAUUGUCUUUCAGUUUAUUUGUUAUUGAUUUGUAAAGUGACGAGGUUAUUGGAGGUUAUUAUGAGUAUAUUCAAGACGAGAUGCGGUUAUCUGCAAACGUUCACAUCAGUCAUUUGGAAUUUCAGUUCAAGGAAACAAUUAAAAAAAGCUUCCUGGUAAGCGCGUAUUGCAAAUAGGCUAUAAGUGGAGUGACGAAAAAGGGAGAGCGCAAAGAAAUUGACAAGGCAGAGCGGAUGAUCGGGAAAUUUGAGUGAUAUUUCCUAUUUACGAGUGUUCAUAACGCCAUUCUAAUUGAAGACAUGGUGAUCCUCGAGGGACAGCUCCUUACGUAUGAGAGCGAGAAUAAAAAGUGAGUGGCACCCUGGCAAACAACCUGAGACUUCAUCAAGGCGCACACAGAAGUUAGCCUCUAGGCUAUAUGGAGCAGACCUUUUAAUUACUUUUCCAUUCUCUCCCAUCAAGUCGGUCAAGGAAGGAUCAGAAGACGACCGCACUUGCAGCCCAAAUACACUUCUUAUAAAAACUGAUGAUUCUCUCCUUUCCUCUGUGGUCGUGUUUUAAAUCGUGGAAUGGUAUGGGGCAGAACAGUGCCGAAGACUGAGUUAUCCGGCGCGGUUCAAUAGCGUUGACAUUAAAACAUCGACGGAUUUACUGGAGGAUAUUAGAAACGGAGACAAAGCAGGGGUCUCGUUAAACUCACCGCAGCGUCAGAGAGGGAGAUCCCUUUCCUCAGCCCGCGGUAGCAAUGAGCGGACUGUGCAAGUCUGUAGUUAUGGGACUCAUAUGGCUGAUCUGCAGUACUACCAGCCACUGUGAGGAGAGCGCGCCAGCCACGGCUCCCACGGUCGCGAGGAACGACAAGAGCCUACUCAGGCGGAUUGCAGACAUAGUGAAGCACGUGGAGGAGAGCCGGGGUGAGAACGGCACGAACGCAGCAUCACAGUCGACUUCUAGGAGAGAAUCCCCAUUUGAGACAAAAAGGGAUUUACGAAACCUCAAAACAGAUAGUGGCGAUCAAAUUAUUGAAAUAUUUCCUAGAGAUCUCAGAAAGAAAGAAAAGUUUUUAAAACACUUAACAGGUCCUCUGUAUUUCAAUCCCAAAUGCAGGAAGCACGUAUACAGACUAUAUCACAACACCAGAGACUGCACAAUACCUGCAUACUUCAAAAGAUGCGCACGGCUUCUCACACGCUUAGCAGGGAGCCCACGAUGUACAGAAGGGUAGCAGAAAUCAAGUAAGUGUUGAAGCCAAACCAGAGCUGUCCAGAAGACAGAGCCCUGAAAAAAAGUGCCUUAGACAACAACAGGGAAACCAAACAAAGUGGAACCAGUCACGUCCACCAUGACAACAGUGUCCGUCACCAGAGUUCACUAUUUUACAAAGGCAUGGAUUACCACCCACAGGCCUGCCUGGACCCGACAGUCUGUGGUCACUGCGGGUCUUCACAAGAGACUAUACAGAAGAUACAGAAGGGGAAGGGGGAAAACAUGGCAGCAACCACAGAUUUCGGGGUUAUUAUUGUCCUGCUGGCUGGACAAACUCUACUUUCUUCUUUCUUUCUUGGUUUUUACCAAAAGAGAAAAGGGAUUGCUUUUGUUUGUUUUUAACCCCCACCCCAAAAAAAACAAAAACAACCAACAAUAACAAUUGGAAUCAAUCAAAUCCUUUGGUUGGGUUGCGACAUGCCUUUUUAGGUUGUAUUUCUGUUGUGGUUCGGCGUCAUAUCUUUGUCAGCAGCACUACCUAUUAGUGGAUAUAAGGCAUCUCGGACAUUCUCUCACCUACCUGUGACCACACUGAAACGUAUGAUUAAAUUAUUAACUGCGUGACAAUUUCCUUGCCUUUUGUCUUUGUAAGACAUGUAUUAAAACAAGAGACACUAUAUAUUAGGCACUGGUUGCAGUCAGAAGUUGUGUGUAAGAAGAAACCCUCCUGUGAGUCUGAGUGUGGUACAUAGUAUAUUUAUAUAUACAAGUUGUCAUAUGUUUUCCUCUGUAUACAUACAGUAUGUAUAAACAUUCUAACCUGAGUGCAAUAUGUACAUAUUGUAAAAAGCAUAAAAGGAAUCCACAUAACAACCAUAAAUGAAAGUGUUUGACGUAUAUUAACUUGGUGUUAAAAAAUAUAUCAAAAACAUGAAAUAUAUUUAAAUAAAUUAUAAGACUGGU